ACCACCACCAUCACAUCUCUGUUGUUUCUCUCCCUAAUUUUUACCCAGGUGAUCUCAACUUGGCUUCCAAGAUUUAGGGCAUGGACCUAUUCACAAGUGUACACAUCCUAUAAUGCUACUUCACCUCCCUUGCUAUUUGGUCUAUUUCUCUGAAAUAGAUUAUACCCCUCUAUUACUACAUUUCGAUUAUUAAACUCAUCCCACUAGGUUUCAAUGAUGCCUAUAUUAUAUCAUAUUUGCUUUGCUGUGCUAAGAGUUCAAGUUCAUCUUGUUUAUUUCCUUGUUGGGUGACAAACAACACCUAUUGAAUAUCCGUCUUUUACACAGACAUGAAAGAGACAGGAGGCAUCUCCAGUUUUCAUUCUAAGAGCUUUACUGGGACAUACUGUUCAAAAUAUUUCAUCUGCCUCAUGAAGUAUCUGUUAGUGACUGUACCAGCCCAACAAUUCUUAAGAAUACUUGGAGUAUCCAACAUUCUGACUAGUUCCCUGACCCAUCAUAUGAAGAGGCAAGCUACUGUUACCAUCUCAUCAUACUGUAAUAUGAUGUUAUUGACCAAGGGAUGGCAAUGCUCAUCUGAUAAAUCACUAAACCAGUACUACUUACUGAAGGGUAUGGGUAAACCCUAGGUUUCCAAACAAUCUGAACUGUAAGCAGUCGGCAUGUGCAGCGUGUGUAUGUGAAGAGGGUACUGUGUUUCCAUAGACACCAUUACUCUUAUUUUGACUGCUUGUCUCCCUGGAAACAAGAGGCAGGCUUGAAUAUAUUAGUCGUCCUCCAUGAAUACCAUGAACUAGAUAUUUAGAGUACUCUAAGCAGUGUGGACUCAGCAUGGGUCUAUUAAACUGCCAAGAAGCGUAACUGGCAAGAAGUUUAGUCCUUUAGCCUCACACUUCUACAAGAGUGGCUGCCAGUGUUUUCUGUCAUAGACAAAGGAGCAGCAUUCCAGCACUGUGUAAAAUAGGAGCCUGCUCGCUGCAAGAAGAAAAGAAACGUAGCACUUCAACAGUACAUUUUUCACUUGACAAUGGACAGAAUCCUUCCAUCUGUGAAUGGAACUUGGGUUGGCUUAAAGGAUUACAAACAGGAAAAGUGGCUACACAGAAGAUCUGCUAUGAAGGAAAUGAUUCUUAGAUGAGAAAUGGUGUCUGGAAGUAAACUGUAGAUGGGACGGAUACGUGUGUUCCUUUCCAACUGACCCAGUGUGGUGAAGAAUCCUUUCCUCAUCUUCCCUUCCGUAACUAGAGCAUGCCUCUUGGUUCCAAGAUGAACAAGUCGUUGUCCCAGCUAAAUUCUUCAGGGAGCAGCGAAAGCAACACCUGGCAGCCCAUGUCGGUCAUCAUCCCUUUUGUGUAUUCGCUGAUUUUCCUAGUAGGCACAGUAGGCAACUCUCUGGUACUGGCAGUGCUGCUAAGGAAUGGGCAAGUCAACAACACAACCAAUCUCUUCAUCCUCAACCUAGGAGUGGCUGAUCUCUGCUUUAUCGUCUUCUGUGUGCCCUUCCAGGCUACCAUCUACACUUUGGAUGACUGGAUCUUUGGACCCCUCAUGUGCAAAGCAGUGCAUUUUUUUAUUUAUCUGACCAUGUAUGCCAGCAGUUUUACCCUCACAACUGUUUCCCUGGACAGGUAUUUGGCUAUCAGGUAUCCUUUGCAUUCAAGAGAACUCAGAACCCCCAAGAAUGCCCUCACCGCUAUUUGCCUGAUUUGGGGUCUUUCCAUAAUCUUCUCUGGGCCUUACAUCAGUUAUUACCAGGAGUUUCAGAUAGCCAAUGUCACCGUCUGCCAUCCCAUCUGGAAAAUCCCCCAGCGCAAAAUUAUGGAUCUCUGUACAUUUGUCUUCAGCUAUGUCAUCCCUGUGUUGAUCUUGAGCCUCACUUACCUGAGGACCAUCCGCUACCUCUGGACAUCUGUGGACCCUAUGAAAGAUAUGUCUGAUUCCAAGAAGGGCAAGCGCAAGGUUACCCGGAUGAUCAUCAUUGUAGCUGUUCUCUUCUGUCUUUGCUGGCUGCCCCAUCACCUGGUCAUCCUGUGCUUUUGGUUUGGGUAUUUCCCACUGAACAAUGCUACCUAUGUGCUCAGGGUCCUUUCUCAUGUGAUUUCCUAUGCCAACUCCUGUGUCAAUCCCAUUGUCUACGCUCUCGUAUCCAAGCAUUUCCGUAAAGGGUUCAAGAAAAUCUUCAGUUGCCUCUUGCACAAAAGAGUGGCCAACAAGGUCCACGUGGCACAGGUGACCCACACAGUCAGUAUCCUGGAAGCAGAUCUGACAGAAGUGAUACAUGUCAGUGAGCCCACACAUGCCAGAGCCUCCAGUUGCUGCCAGAUUCCAAUCCAGACAUGGGAGGAGGCAGAGCAGCUGAGUCGUCAAGAGAAAGUGGCCAACUCAUUCAUCACUUUCAAUGUGACUUAGCAUUGCCCUUUGUCCUUGGGCUGCUAUCAGAAGAUGAAUUCUUUGGGUACAAUGAUAGUUUAACCCAAAGGAUGUUUGUUGUUUGUUUAAAGGUUUUAAGAUGUAGUUUAAAACCCUAAGGAUCAGUAGGUGGCUUAAGACAGGGAUAUAU